UAGUUCAAAUAACCUUUAUCACUAGCAGUCGAGACCGGCUGGGAACUUGUAAAUGUCCCAUCGCGGGUUCCGUACUAAUAGCAGGAGGUGUAUUUAUUUAUUUAUUUAUGGUAUUUAUAGUGGAGAGUUGACGGCAAACUAGGAAAUGUGAACACUUUGUUGUGACUCUUUUGACAAUUUCUAACAUUAGAAAUGGCAGAGUUACGUUUGGAUUUAGACAGUCAUCUACAAUAUGGGCUAUUUGACAGCGAUUUAGCCGAUAUUUGCAUUGAUCAUGAUGGCGAAUGGGACAUCAACCUGUUUAAAGAACUUGAAAACCUAAGCGAUGCAGAAGAACUGCUUCAAGAAUUUGAGUUCACACCACCUAAUGAAACAACACUGCAACAAGAGGUGAAUGACAUUAAUCUGUUACAAUGGAGAACCUUCGCCAGUGGAGAUACUGACGGUUGCUGCACAGAUGUAGGAGUGCCUGGGUCCUCCCUAUCAUCUGGAUCUGCAGUUAGUGAUACCUCCUCACUGUCACCACUAUCCCUGAAACAGGAAGAUGAUGUGUCUAUGCAGCCUUUACCGACUAUGUUGUCUCCUGAAAAGAAAAUACACAAGCGAGUCAGCCCACCUCCCAGAGCCAAGCGACCCGCCCACCCAAACCAGAGGGUGUCCGUUCAGCCCAAACUUCCCCCCUCUGUCCUCCUCACCCAACCCUUGGCCCCUCUUCUCAAAACCAGGACCAUUGUCAUCCAGCCCGUUGGCCUGCAGACUGUGGUCUCAGUGAUCAAGGAUCCACCGCACGUGACUGUGCAUGCUACUGUACCCUCUACUGCAGUUCCCACGAUGCAUCUCCAGCCGAGACUGUUGAUUGGACCCCAGAUCGCUUCCCCAGCCCCUCCCCUUCUCGCUGUCACCAACCAGGUGUUCACCAUGCCAAUUGUACCCCAUCAUGUUACCAUGGAGACCACUGCUGUUUCUGGCCCCACCCAUCCCAUGGCAAUGACCUAUCACAACACAGCUGUGGACACUGAGGUGUGUGUGGAGCGGCGGCAGCAAAGGAUGGUGAAGAACCGUGAGUCGGCCACGCUGUCUAGGCUGAGGAGGAAGGAGGCGCUGCAAGCCCUGGAGGCUCGUCUCAGGGGGGCGCUGUGUGAGAACCAGAGGCUGCUCGUGGAAAACGGAUCCCUCAGAACCCAGCUGGACGGACUGCUCACUGAGAACACUGUGCUGAAGGUGACUGCUCCAAAGAGACGGGCUGUGUGUCUCAUGGUCAUCCUGGUGUUCUUCGUGCUCAACACUGGUCCCCUGAAUGUGUGGGAGUCAGAGCCCAGCAGCUCCAGUCUGUCCACGGGGAUGCCACAAAGCAGCCGACAUCUGCUCAGCUUCUCCCCCGACCAACAACAGAGGAGAGGGGAGGAAACACCAGCCCCCCAGUCCCCAUUGGAGCCGAUGGACGCCCAGUACCCACAAUCCCACCAAUCCCAGGACAGGUGGGAGGACUAUGCUCCAGAGGAGAUGGCUUCCCACUCUCCUGUCUCCAGGACCAAGUCCCUCCGUCUGGCUCAGAACCUGAGAGGCUGGGUUCAUCGACACGAAGAGGAGAGGACCAAGUCCACACGUUCUACCACCGAUCAAUCCAGACAUACAACAACUGAACAGCACACAACCAAAACUGUCCUGAAGUCACCUGAGAGGCCUCAGACUACCCAGUCCAGUAACCAGGUGGUAACAGUCAGCUACUCUGAACCAGGAAGUGAGGUUCUGGUGUACUACUCACACCAUCAAAGCUACAGCGACUUCUUCGAUGAGUUAAAUCGACGAGGCGAUACUUUCUAUAUGGUGUCCUUUCGCCGGGAUCACCUUCUGCUCCCUGCGACCAACCACAGCAAAGGGAGAAGGCCAAAGAUGUCCUUGCUGUUACCAGCUAUUAAUGUGAAUGACUCUGUCAUCAAGGACGACAAAUUUGAGGUGAUGAUGCAGAUUGACUGUGAGGUCAUGGACACCAAGAUCCUCCACAUCAAAACCUCCAGCAUCCCAGAGUUCCUACGUGCCAACACCACUGACUUCCAGGCUGCAGCAUCGGUUGGUGUUCUAUCAGACUCUGCCUGAACUUCACUUCAACCAGAAUAGCUGCCAAUCUGAAAGCCUAUAAUUUAGCCAACAUUUGAUAUAUUGAUAAACUGUGACAAUAAAUGUAGCUCUGUUGUAUCCUCUCUGGAAAUGUUCUGCAUCAAUUUCGCACAUCCUCUGUCUUCCACAUUUCACAAGUCCUUGUACCUCCGAUGUUACAAAUCUAUCAAGACUUAUAAAGAAGUUGUCCAGCAACUGUUUGCCUCCAUAUUGCUUGGUUUAGAGCAUCUGGUUUAUGUUCAAUUGACAGGCUGCCAAUGCAGGCAUCUAGGUCAUUUGUUAGAAUAAAUAUGGGACUUAAUGUUAAACCCUGUGUAACCCCUUCAAAAAAUUCCUUCACUGUCUUGACCCUACAGCUAUUGAGCUCUUUUAAUUGAGCCAUAAUUUUACCAAAUGUAACCUAAUACCUUUAUACAAAACAAUAAUUGAUUCUGGACCCUAUUGAUGGAACCAAGCCACGUUAACAAGAUCCUUUUCACAUAUAUUAAAGUUGUUAAUAGGCAUAUCUGGUGGAGUUAUGAUUCUUACUUUUUAUGAAGCCAUGUUGAGUGAACAAAAUGACUUACUAAAAUCCUAAACAAUGUAAGCAAUACAUUUACAUUUUUGUCAUUUAGUAGAUGUUCUUAUCCAGAUCAACGUACAGUUUGUGCAUUCAUCUUAAGAUAGCUAGGUGGGACAACCACAUAUCAGAGACAUAGUAAGUAUGCUUUCCUCAAAGUAGUUAUCAGGAAAGUCAGCUAGAAAGGGGUAGGGGGUCAAGUGCAAAUGCGGUUCAGUUGAAUGAUUAUUAUUUUUGUGCAGUAGCAGUAUCACACAAACAUGAUGUAAGGUAUGAUGUGGCCAUUAUUUUCAGAAAAGUGUACAUUUUGGGUGUAAAAAUGAAUUUGUUUUGUUUGAGUUGCUUAAUGGUUUGUCAUGGUUUUCAGAGUUUUUCAGAAAUAAAACCAUGGACAGUAACAUGUUCUAAUACUGAU